AUGAACGGCGUCUUCCUGCGGAAGAGGAGCAAGCUGAGCGACUCCGUAUGGAGCAUGGUGGAGAAGGUCAGAGCUUCCUUCAUGGCGGACGACUGCUGGAGAAGAAGAGAGAGCAAGUUUUUCGAAGUGGAGAUGACUGUUGCCCGUGACGACUGCGAGCUCGACAAGUACGGGGUUGUCACCAGUGCACCACUCCCUGUCUUGAUCCAUUCAUGUCAACCAACUAGCUCGUCAGAGAUGGUCGCAAGCCUAGGCGUCCGCACGGGGUCAAUCGCCCGCGCAGGCCGUGCCAUGGCGGUCUCCAAGUUGAACGUCAAGUGCGUGGCGCCACUAAAGCCCGGCGCCAGGUUCGUUGUCAUGGUGAGGGUCGUCCAGAUCAAGGGCGUCCGGAUGCUCAUGGAGCACUUGAUCGCGACGCUGCCCGACCGGGAGUUUGUUUUAGAAGCAAUGGCCACCAUCGUCUGCCUCAACAAAGACUACCGGCCGACUCGCAUGUUCCCGGAAAUGGCGAAGCUACUGCAGGUCUUCUCUCCUAACUAG